AGCCCGAUCCGCCCCACAGGUGGAGUCUAUCCAGCCACUAUCCCGGACCUGUAGGAUUUUAUUUACCCUAAACUUCACUUCCCGGUGAAUUUAACAUUUCUUAACCGCCUCUGGUGUUUUGUCAACAUGGGUUCGUUAUUUCGGAGUGAGGAGAUGUGCCUGGCCCAGCUCUUUCUGCAGUCCGGGUCCGCUUAUGACUGCACCAAUGAGCUCGGCGAACUCGGGCUAGUGGAGUUCAGAGACCUUAACCCAAGUGUGAACUCUUUUCAGCGAAGGUUUGUCAGUGAAAUCAAGAGAUGUGAAGAGAUGGAGAGGAUUCUGGGAUAUCUUCUGAGGGAAAUUAAAAAAGAAGACAUCCCUCUGCCAGAAGAGGAUGUGAACCCAGCUGCACCAUUGCCCAAACAUGUGAUGGUCAUAAUGGAGCAACUUCAGAGACUGGAACUGGAGCUGAGUGAGGUCACCAGGAACAAGGAGAAACUUCAGAAGAACCUUCUAGAACUGACUGAGUACACACACAUGCUGCACAUCACACGCAAAUUUGUGCACCACAUUGCAGAGAAAGAGCCAUCGCGGGUCCAGUAUGAAGAGUUCCCCUUCCUAGAGAAAGAACCCAUGAUGGACUACACCAGCAUGCAAAGGCUUGGAGCCAAGCUUGGGUUCAUUUCUGGGCUGAUCCAGAGUGUUAAAAUCGAGGCAUUUGAGCGAAUGCUCUGGAGAGUGUGUAAGGGUUACACAAUCCUCAACUACUCUGAGGUAGACGGGCUUCUGGAGGACCCUGAUACGGGGGAGCCAACCAGGAGUGUGGUGUUCCUCAUCUCUUACUGGGGAGAGCAGAUUGGACAGAAAGUUAAGAAGAUUUGUGACUGCUACCACUGUCACCUGUACCCGUACCCCAACAGUAAUGAGGAGAGGAACGAUGUGGUGGAGGGGCUCCGCACACGCAUUCAGGACUUGCACAUGAUUCUUCAGCGUACUGAGGAUUACCUGAGGCAGGUGUUGAUCAAGGCCUCAGAGUCUGUGUACAUUUGGGUGAUCCAAGUUAAGAAAAUGAAGGCCAUAUAUCACAUCUUCAACCUCUGCAGUUUUGAUGUCACAAACAAGUGCCUCAUAGCUGAGGUGUGGUGUCCCGUAAAUGAUCUGCCCGCACUUCGGCGAGCUCUAGAGGAUGGAUCGAGGAAGAGUGGAGCCGCAGUUCCCUCAUUUGUCAAUCGAAUUCCAAGCAACGACACUCCACCAACCCUCAUACGCACCACUAAGUUUACCUCAGGCUUUCAGAAUAUAGUGGACGCAUACGGCGUAAGCAGCUACAGAGAGGUCAACCCAGCUCCAUAUACAAUCAUUACCUUUCCCUUCCUGUUUGCGGUGAUGUUUGGAGACCUCGGGCAUGGCAUCAUCAUGGCGUUGUUUGCUCUGUGGAUGGUUCUCUACGAGAAUGACCGCAAACUAAAGAAAACCAGAAAUGAGGUCUGGAACAUUUUUUUCGAGGGCCGUUACAUCAUCCUGUUGAUGGGUAUAUUUUCAGUCUACACUGGAUUAAUAUACAACGACUGCUUCUCCAAGUCAAUCAACCUGUUUGGCUCGGGGUGGAACGUCCGUGCCAUGUAUGAUCAUGGAGGCUGGAAUGCACACAUGGUCAGAUCAAAUAGCUUCCUUGCACUGGAUCCAAAUGUCAGAGGAGUCUUUAAGGGGCCAUAUCCUCUGGGCAUUGACCCGAUCUGGAACCUGGCUUCAAACCGUCUCACCUUCCUGAACUCCUAUAAGAUGAAGAUGUCUGUGAUCGUAGGAAUAAUCCACAUGACUUUUGGAGUCGUCCUUGGUGUUUUCAAUCACCUGCACUUCAGACGGACAUUCAAUCUGUACCUGAUAUUUAUCCCGGAGCUGCUCUUCCUGUUGUGCCUCUUUGGCUAUCUGGCCUUCAUGAUCGUUUAUAAGUGGCUGUUUUUCACAGUCAGAGACUCUCAGACAGCUCCCAGCAUUCUCAUCCACUUCAUCAACAUGUUCCUGAUGCAGGGGGACUCCAGUCAACCCCUCUACCCAGGACAGGCUGGGUUUCAGGUGUUCCUGGUGGUUGUGGCUGUGCUCUCUGUGCCUGUGUUAUUAUUGGGCAAACCUCUCUACCUCUACUGGCAACACAAGGGCAGAGACCGGCUGAGCAUGUACAGGGGUUAUCAGCGUGUACGGCGGAGCAGUGAAGAAAAGCUCUCUCUCAUGCAUGCUCAUGAUGUGGAGGAGGGCACCAGUGUGGACAGCCACUCCUCCAGCUCUGACAGCCAAUCAGAGGAGUUGGAUUUUGCAGAUAUCUUCCUCCAUCAGUCCAUCCACACUAUAGAGUACUGCCUGGGCUGCAUCUCUAAUACUGCAUCUUACCUCCGCCUGUGGGCUCUCAGCCUGGCACAUGCCCAGCUCUCUGAGGUGUUGUGGGAAAUGGUGAUGCAUGUUGGUCUGCGUGUGGACACCAGUGUGGGCAUUGUGUUCCUGGUGCCUGUUUUUGGUCUGUUUGCUGUCCUCACUGUGUCCAUCCUGCUGGUCAUGGAGGGACUUUCAGCCUUCCUUCAUGCUCUCAGACUCCACUGGGUGGAGUUUCAGAAUAAGUUCUACAGCGGUGCCGGUGUCAAGUUUGUACCGUUUGCCUUCUCUCUCUUGCACACAAGCUUUGAAAAUGAGGGGCUGUUAUGAGCUGCAGGAUGCUAAAGACCAGACCAGAGCAGAUCUGUGAGCUUCAUUUGAACAGAUUUACAUACAGAGGUGUUGCACUACAUGCCAAAGUGCUCCAGCCAAAUACUCUUUGGGGAUUAUAUGGAGAUACCAGAUCAGCAUUGACAUACUGAGCCACAUCAGAUGCUUGAUCAUUUUUGGACAUGCGACCAUAGCAUAAACCCACUGAGAUAAAGCAACAGCUCCAGACUGUAAAUAGGACUCUUAAGUGCUUUUUUUUUAUCUGUUGAAUGUAUUAACUCUUCACAGGAGUGCUGGUUGUGAUGGACGUAUCUUUUUUUUUCUACCAUGUUGGCUGUUGGCUAUGAAUAGAUCGAUUCUCCAUAGCAGAACAUAUUCUAUGAGUGACUUUAAGGUUUAACUUUCAUGUCAAUUUGCUGUAGAGCAAGAAUUUUUAACUGUUUGUGUAGAUUCCAGCAUUUUCAUCCUCCACAGUGUUGAAACAUGAUUGUGGCUCAGGUAGGUCAUUCAUGGUGUUGAAUCGUACUGUGCUUAGAUAACAACAGAUUUGGGCACAGUAUUUGUCAGAUGUUGGCAACAAGAUGCUUAGAAAGGGCAACAAUGACUUGUGUAAAUUCUUAAUGCUGAUUAGCCCAGAUCUCAUUUCUGUUGGGUUGUAAAGAUAGAGCUUCACGAGGCCUUUGUUUCAAAUCCUGCUGCAGCUGAUCAUCUUUGUGUUUGAAAAAUCUCAAGAACCCCUGCUUGCCCACAGGAAGCUCAGAUAUUUCUAAGUGCCUAACAUGCUGAAUGUAUUCUGAUGGGUGGGUGGUGGAUUGAUUUUUUCAGAUGAAGUCAUUCAGAACUUAAUUAAUUUGUUGAAAUACGUUGCAUUGUUUUUCUGUUCAGGGCAAAGCUUAAAGGCUGAGAGUUGUAAAACUCUCAAUAUGAAAUUAAUUUUCAUUGUAUUGUAAAUUGUGAUGUUUUUAGUGAUUUUUAACUCCCAGAUCUGUUCAGUUACUCUGUUAUGCCUCUCCAGAAUGAGAUUGUGUUUUGUUAAGGUAAUUUACAUUCCACAUUUUGCAUAUGAUCUCUAUAUUAUCAUUUCACAAUAAAAUCAAACCUGUGAAGCUGGGGUUAUAAAACAUGAAUAAAAUGAUUCUUGCUAUCA